AUGUCUUCGUCGCAACAAGAAGAAGCUCAUCAAGACAAUCCUGCGCAAGAACUCAAUGAUCAGCCGCAGCAGCAACACCAGCAGGCAUUGAAUGAGCAGCAGCAGCAAACAGAAGUGCUUAAUGAACAGCAGCAGUCCAAUCAAAAGGGAUUCCAAAAUCGACAUCGAGAUGCGAGAUGCAAAAUUUGUGGACAACGCUACAACGACCAGAUGGUUCUGUGCGAUGGGGUAUGUAAAAAAUGGUAUCAUUUAGAUUGCGUAGAUAUAAGUAGUAGUCGGGCAGAGGAAUUAUUUAAGUGGUUUUGUGACGAUUGCUCAGUUAUUCACAUGAGAAAAAUUGAUGCACUGCACCAAAAAAUUAUUCUCCAAAUCAAAGAAGUUGAGCGUAAUGUUAUGUAUAAAAAGCGUCAGACAACAAUUGACAGCUCAUAUAAAAAAUGGUUAGGUAUGAAAAAUGGGUAUAUAAAAUUAAUAGGUGUGUAUGAAGACAGUGAGGGGAAUCCGCUUCCAGAACCGAGGUUACAACUGAAUGAGGCAAGAGAGGGAAGUGAAGCCGGCAGACGAUCGAACUCGUCCAUUAACAGCCGGUCGUCACAACGAAGCCUACGUUUUAAUCUCUUGCAACAACAAAGGGACCUCCUAAAGGAACAACGCGAUAACUUGCGAAAAGAUGAAGAGCUUAUUAAACGUCAAGAGGAACUUUUUAAUGAGCUAUCAGACGAGGUGAGUGAUGAAGAAGUUGACGGCGAUUGUGAGUCAGGCGAUCAACAACGAGGUCGAACCGUGAUCGCUUCAGCAGUUCCAGCAUUCAAACCAUCCGCUGUCAAAGUAGCAGAUUCAGCUUUCAAACCAACAGCAUCUACCUUCAAGCCAUCAGCUCCAGCGUUCAUACCACAGCAACCGUUCACUUCGAUGACUCCAGCAUUCACUUCCACAAUCCCAGCGUUCACCUCGAUGACUCCAGCGUUCACCUCGAUGACUCCAGCGUUCACCUCGAUGACUCCAGCGUUCACUUCAGUGACAACAGCGUUCGCUUCAGCAGUUCCAUCGUUCACCUCAGCGAAUCCAGCGCUCACAUCAGCUUUCACACCAGCUCCACUGUCGUCAACAACGUAUUUCAACUCACCACAACUAGACUCGAGGCAACUAGCUGCAAGAAAAAUUUAUAAAGAGCUUCCAACAUUCACGGGUAGCCCAGAAGAAUGGCCACUCUUCAAGCGCAUGUAUGAGCAAUCAACUCAAGCAUGCGGAUUCAGCGUAGAAGAAAAUCUAAUGCGCUUCCAAAGGGCCCUGAAAGGGAGAGCACGUGAAUUAGUUUCGAGCCAAUUAGUUGAGCCGUCAUGUGUGCCGCAAAUAAUGAUUUGUUUGCAGAUGGCCUUCGGGCAACCAAAUAUUAUUUUGCAGAAUCAAAUUGACAAUAUAAGUAGACUUCCUACAGUCAAAGCUGAGAAGUUAGAGUCUAUCGUUGAAUUUUCAACGGCUGUAACGAAUCUCAAUGCAGUGAUGAAGGCCUCAAAUCUUGAAGGGCAAUAUGACAACCCGUUACUUCUUAAGGAGCUUUUAAAGAAACUCACCAAUGAUAUGAAGAUGAGGUGGGCUACAUAUUCUUUGGAGAGCCAAACACGGGGUGUAUUGGCGUUCGGCACCUGGCUACAACUGGAAACGCAGAAAGUUUUUGAAGUAUUAACAAGUUCCGAUAUGACUUGGCCAUUGUUCAAUUCUGCCAUCAAAAGAGACACAGGGCGAAAUGAUAGGACGAUUAAAGAGGCUAGAGUCAACGUUCACGUUCAAACCAAGCAAACUGCAGAAUGUUUAGUAUGUGGUAAAAAGUGCAAAAGCAUUGAGUGCUGUGAAGAAUUCAAAGAAAUGAACUCUUUAGCAAGAUGGGAGAAGGUGAAAGAACUGAAACUCUGUCGUCAGUGUUUGACCGUCCAUACAAUGAAGUAUCCAUUUGUAUGUAAGAAGGCGGUCAGAUGUGACGUUUCUGGUUGCAAAAGAAGACACCACCCAUUGAUGCACCAAGUCGUCGAUGGUAUCGUAAACCCUCCUAUUGUAGUUACUUCUCAAAAUAGCCAUACUAAUGAAUGUGAUUGUUUCCAAUUUCAAUACAUCCCAGUGACCUUACGACACGGCAACAAGAAGGUAACAACUAUGGCCUUUCUAGAUGGUGGAUCUAGUGGAACUAGAAUCGAAGACAGUGUAGCCAAUCAAUUGGGUCUUACCGGUCCCAAAGUUAUUUUGCAUCUUAAAUGGACAGCAAAUGUCCGUCGGCAAGAGGAAUCUAAAAAGGUCUCAAUGUUCAUAUCUGGGGCUUACAAUGGCGCAAAGGAGUACGCAAUUCCCGUGGCACACACCAUUCAAGAGCUUAACUUACCAAGGCAGACUCUCAACUAUGAAGAAUUAGCAAGCAAGCAUCCUCACCUUCGUGGCCUUCCAGUAACUUCAUACUUUGGAGAACAACCAAGAAUUAUGAUUGGAAUGAGUGACUGGCAUCUCGCUCUUCCAAGUAAAACCAGAAUAGCUGGCCAAAAUGAUCCUGUGGCCACCAAGAACAAAUUGGGAUGGUCUGUGUUUGGAUCGCGGAGCUCGUCCCAAAGCCAAAGUAUAAAUUAUCAUAUUCAAGAAUAUGCCGAAAAAGAUGAUGAGAAUCUAAGCGAGAUGAUGAGAUAUUUCUUCGCAGUGGAUAGCCUGGGUGUGAAGAUACCUUUUUAUGAAGCCACGUCCAAAGAUGAACGCAGAGCUAAGGACAUCAUGGAGAAGACAGCUAUGUUUAAUGGGGAACGAUUUGAGAUCGGACUGCUUUGGCGAUACGAUGAUCCUGUGCUACCAGAUAGUAUGCCCAUGGCCAAACUCAGGCAGCUAGCACUCGAUCGAAAACUCAAAAAAUCUCCAUCAUUAAGAAACAGUAUGAAUCAACAAAUGGAAAGCUAUAUGAAGAGAGGUUAUGUCCGAAAGUUAUCACCCAAAGAGUUAAACGAAGAACAUAAGCGGAUCUGGUAUCUGCCACUCUUCCCUGUAUCCAAUCCCAAUAAACCCGAAAAAGUAAGGGUAGUCUGGGAUGCAGCAGCUAAAGUUAAUGGAGUGUGUCUCAAUUCGUUUUUAGGAAAGGGGCCUGAUCAACUUCCCUCACUUUUCGGUAUUCUGCUAAGGUUUAGACAGAAUGCUGUGGCCAUCAGUGGAGACAUAGAAGAGAUGUUCCACCAGAUAGAGAUUUCACCCGAGGAUCGACAUGCCUGUAGAUUUUUAUGGGAUGAUGGUACUGGCGUAGCAGUAUACAUCACACAAGUCAUGACGUUUGGCGCGUCUUGUUCCCCAAGCUGCGCUCAAUUUGUGAAAAAUAAAAACGCUGAAAGAUUUAUUGAAGAACACCCUCGAGCCGUAGAAGCAAUUAUCAAUAAUCAUUACGUCGACGAUUUACUGGACAGUGUUAAUACUUCAGAGGAAGCAAUAACCCUUGCUAAGGAUGUAAAGAUGAUUCACUCGGCUGGUGGGUUUCACAUUCGAAAAUGGAAGUCCAACUCAAGAGAAGUGACGGCUGCGAUGAACGAAAUUACGUCAACGCCCGAUAAUCGAAUCGAUCUUGAUAAAGAACCAAUGUACUCCACUGAGAAAGUUCUUGGAAUGUGGUGGGAUACCGAGAGUGACUCGUUUACCUUCUCCUUAAAGUUUAACAAAGGAAACCAGGAAGUCCUCAAGGGUGCCAUAAAACCAACCAAGCGGGAGAUGCUAAGAAUCAUGAUGUCGAUCUUCGAUCCUCUGGGUUUAAUUGGCCAUUUUACGAGUUAUUUGAAAGUUUUGAUGCAAGAUGUAUGGCGGUCCAGAGUUAGUUGGGACGACGAGAUCUUAGACGAACAUCAAGAAGACUGGCUACGCUGGUUACGUGAACUACAGAAAGUUCAAUCUGUUUUCAUCCCAAGAUGUUAUGCAGCUGGGAUAGUAUGGGAAAUUUCCGAGACUCAGCUCCACGUAUUCGUUGAUGCCAGUAAGAAUUGCAGUGCUGCAGUAGCAUAUCUAAGAGUCCAAUCAGGUGAAAGGAUUAUGUGCUCACUUUUCGGUUCAAAAACGAAGGUAGCACCUAUUAAACUCAUGUCAAUACCGAGGUUGGAACUCGUAGCAGCAGUCAUAGGAGCCAGAUUCGCCGAUAGCAUUCGUCAAUCACUCUCUAUUCAUCUCAACAAGAUUGUACUGUGGUCAGAUUCUGCAACUGUUUUGAGUUGGUUGAGCUCCGAUGCCAAAUCAGUAAAAGGCCAAUUUGUAGCGUUCAGAAUAGCGGAGAUCCAAGAAAUCACAAACAUUGCUGAUUGGAGUUACGUGCCGUCCGAAAUGAACCCAGCAGAUGAUGCAACGAAGUGGAAGAAAGGGCCUUCACUAGAUAUGAAUGAUCGUUGGAUGCAGGGUCCACAAUUUCUGUACAUGAAGGAGGAAGACUGGCCAUAUACAUCCCGAGAAAACUAUCAUGCUAUUUCCGAAGUAGUGUCAGUAAUCCCAACAAGUAAAUUUGAAAGCUGGGGCAAGUUGCUGAGGGUCACAGCAUAUGUUUGCCGCUACAUGGACGCAUUACGUGGUAUAAAAAGAGAAAACCUAGCUUUGUCUUCGGAAGAAUUCCAACGAGCAGAGCGUGUCGUCUACAGGCAUAUUCAAGCAGAAUCGUUAUCUUCGGAAUUGGAAUUCGCUUCAUCACCGAGAAACGUUGCAAGGAAGACAGCCCAGUGUUCGAGUAUCAUACUCUCAAUGAAACCCUAUUUAGACGAAAACGGAGUAAUGAGAUCCAUGAGUCGAAUUGAUAAUGCAAAGUGGCUGAACAUAUACACAAGACGUCCAGUAAUACUUCCCGACAAUAAUCGAGCAACAAGACUCUUAAUACGUCAUUAUCACGAGAAAUUUCGGCAUAUCAACCACGAAUCUGUCGUGAACGAAGUAAGAAAGAAAUAUUUUAUUCCCAAACUAUGA